AUGACCCGCGAGCAAACCCUCGAGAUCGAAGAGCUGCGAGCCUCAAUGGCUCGGACAGUGGCCGAGAUACGCUCCAUGAAAUCUCAGGUGCAUAACGCGAUAAGCGCUGCGCCAGAGAUUGAUCGAAUACUCGAAGAGACCCAGAGAACACUGUUCACAACAAGAAUCAUGGAGGCUAGGAUUCCUGAGCCUGGAAAAGUUAGAAUCCCAUUCUACGAAGGCACUACUGACCCAAAGGCGCACAUCACAGCGUUUCGGAUAGCAAUGGGACAAGCCUUCACAAGGAAUGCUGCCAAUCUGACCGAGUGGGAGGUAGACGCUGGUUAUUGCUUGUUAUUCGUAAAGCACCUCAAGGGAGCCGCAUUGGAAUGGUUUUCAAGACAGGAGCGUAACUCAAUCGGCAGCUUCCAACAGCUCUCUGCUUUGUUCCUCAAGCAGUAUUCGAUGUUCAUGGACCGAGGAACCUCCGACGCCGACCUAUGGACACUAUCCCAAGGGCCAAACGAAUCGCUUCGGGAGUACAUGGGAAGAUUCAAGGCGGUUGUGUCCAAAGUAGAAGGAAUAAGCGACAAGGCUGCACUCAAGGCUCUGAAGCGAUCUUUGUGGUACAAAUCAGAAAUCCGACGAGAGAUGGCCCUCAACACACCGCAAACAAUUCAGGAUGCCUUACAUCAAGAAGAAAUGAAAAAUCUGGACGAGCAGUAUGAAGCGACGAAAGCAGCGAUCCGGAGCUCAAUCCUAACUCUCCCCUCAAAGAAAGGUAACCCUUCAAACAACGCAACGACACAGAGCUCAGAGGAACCAAGAAGCGGAGGCAUCCACAACUACCAGGUAGGUGCUGGACGCGGAUGGGGAGAGCUGCGUAGCAACACUUGGGUAAGGAGGCCCACUAACUACGACGAGAUGGCGUUCUGCGAGUAUCAUCAAACUUACGGGCAUUCAACGGCGCAGUGCCGAACCAUAGGAGCAAAACUCGCAGCUAAAAUGGCAGCAGGGUAG